AUGAACACAUUUACAACCACUUCCUCCAUACCACCCAACCCCGGCACGUCCGGGAUAUUCCUCACAUUGAACAGUUAUGUCCUUGAUACAGUCAGGAUCAUCCUCCUUGGCUCCCUCAUGGAAGCUGGGCGGAAGCUAUUCGAGUGGCUCGCUGAGCGAUUUACCUUCCGAUACGCUGUAUCAGUCGAAUUCAAUCAAGCAGACCCUACAUACCCCUGGAUCGUUCAAUUCCUCACGCACCACGAAGUUUGGCGCCGUUCGAAAAGCUUCCAAAUUGGCGCAAAAACCUCCCGCUCAAGACUGGGCGUCACUCUUAGUCGAAAGGACAAACCACUAGCCGAUUACAUACCACUAUACGACAUCCCACAGCUGUUCUACUGGAAAGGUUAUUGGGUCGAAGUUCGCUGCGACCGCCAGGAAGACAAAUUUAGUGUGGUUGAUCAGCCGAAGGGCAGGAUUUACCUCUCAGUAUUCACAUUGGAUGUCUCCAUUGUGGAUAUGCUCGUUAACGAAGCUAAAGAGAUUUAUCUUUCCGCAUCCAUCGCUAAUGUUGUCAUUCACGUCGCUGACUCGGAAGCUAGCUUGUUUCACCCCGUCUGGAAUAAUGUUAAGCGAAAGGCUAGACGUCCUCUAUCUUCGGUCGUGCUCCGAGAAGGGACAAUGGACUCUCUUUUGUAUGACGUGCGCGAGUUUCUUGGAGCUGAAGCAUGGUACAUCAACGCCGGUAUCCCGUAUCGUCGUGGCUAUCUCCUGCAUGGCCCACCCGGGACGGGGAAAAGUUCAACGAUAUACGCAUUAGCGGGGGAACUCGGCGUCGAUAUCUACACGCUUUCACUUGGUUCGAAAUUUGUCGACGAUUCUUAUCUACACCGCGCAGUAUCUGGAGUCCCUAGCGGCUCGAUUUUCCUCAUUGAAGAUAUCGACUGUUGCUUUCCAUCGCGAGAGGACGAAGAGGAAGAAGCCGUUCGCUUGUCGCGAUCAGCCAACAACCGGGACCAAUACGAAACCGGGAUGAAGCAACCGAAGAGUCAGGUCACACUUUCCGCGUUGCUGAAUACCAUCGAUGGUGUGUGCAGUGAAGAUGGCGUGCUGUUCUUUGCCACGACAAAUUACAUGGACCGAUUGGACCCUGCACUCCUCAGGCCGGGCAGAGUUGAUUACAAACUUGAAUACUUUCUUACUUCACAAGACCAAGCAUCCUCCCUCUUCCGGCGCUUCUACCCCGGAAACGCGCUUGCUAACUCUGCGCCCGCAGAUUCCGAGAAACCUGCUACUCCGUCUGUUAUCGAGCUGCUGUCAGAGAAAUUCGGUGCUGGCAUUCCCCCAAAUCAAUUCUCCACAGCCGAACUCCAAGGAUAUCUCCUCUUACACAAGGAACAUCCGGUAGUAGCUGCCGAUGGAAUAGAAGCUUGGGUCAAAUCACAGCUCGUGUCUCGUGAAGAGAGAAAAGAACGAGAGAGGGAACGGAGGGAAAGGUUGAUGGCUAUAUAUCGGAUAGACUCCAGAGAGCGCGAAGAUUCGGGUAGUGAUCAGGGUUCUGCUAGUGGGGAUUCGGGGGUAGUAAAGAUAGAAGCAGAGGAGAAGGCAGAAGGGCUCAACAGCAAUUAA